AGGAGGGCGCGUGGGUGUUGUAAUUUAAGCACAGCUGCUUCAAAUCUGGCAUGGAGGAGUUAAAGAAAAGAGAGUUUGAUGUGGAUAAUCUGAGCAAGCCAGAACUGCGGAUGCUCCUUAGUGUAAUGGAAGGGGAACUGGAAGCACGGGAUCUUGUAAUUGAAGCCUUGAGGGCACGCCGGAAGGAGGUUUUUAUCCAGGAACGGUAUGGGAGGUUUAAUCUUAGUGACCCAUUUCUGGCUCUGCAGAGAGACUAUGAGGCAGGUGCUGGUAGUAAAGAAAAGAAGUCCAUCUGUACCAACCCCCUCUCCAUUUUAGAAGCUGUCAUGUCUCACUGCAGAAAAAUGCAAGAGAGAAUGUCCGCUCAGUUGGCUGCUGCUGAAAACAGACAAAAGAAGUUGGAAAUGGAAAAGUCUCAGUUACAGAUGCUUGAGCUGGAGCAUAAGAAGUUGUCUGCUCGCCUUGAAGAAGAACGUGGCAAGAAUAAACAUGUAGUAUUGAUGCUAGUGAAAGAAUGUAAACAGUUGUCUGGCAAAAUUAUAGAGGAAGCCCAGAAACUGGAAGAAAUAAUGUCAAAAUUUGAAGAAGAAAAAAAAAAGGCUAAUGAAUUGGAGGAAUCUCUUGCAGCUGAGAAACAAAGGAGUACACAAAUGGAAGCUCAAAUGGAAAAACAGCUCUCUGAGUUUGACACAGAAAGGGAGCAACUGCGUGCCAAACUUAACAGAGAGGAAGCACAUACUAGUGACCUCAAAGAAGAGAGAGAUAAAAUGAGAAAAAUGAUUGAGCAGUUAAAAAAGGAAAAUGACAGUAAACCAAACCUUUCUCUCACUUGUAGAAAUAAAGAUAAGGGUUUUGUUUCAGUAUCUGUUGGAACAGAAGUCCCAGCUUCAAGAACUAUUGCCUGUCAGACAGAUAUAAUGCCGACGGACAUUAGCACUGAAAAUGUUAGGAAGUUGCCUUUGACUGUGCCUGUAAAGCCUUCAGCAGUGAACUCUCUGGUUUCUGGCAGCACAAAAACGAAUGUAUCCGCCAAUGCAGCAUUUGUGAAACCAGUCAUUGAUAGGCACUUUUCCUGUAGUGAACUGAUUAUCCCAUCCACAACUCCUAUUCCGACUCCAAGUCAAAACAGAAUUGAGGAAAAUGGACCAAGUACUGGCUCAUCACCAGAUUUUACAAAUAGCACUUCCCCCUUUCCAAGCAAUGCUGCCCUCUCCGUUUCUCCAGCAUCAAGUAUUGCAUCUCAGAACCACUCACUAGCUUCGUCUAUGCACAGUUUACAGUCACAGUCUGCCAACACUACUGUGCAUCCAGGCCUAAAUCCUCGAGUCCAAGCAGCUAGAUUUAGAUUUCAAGCUAAUGCUAAUGAUCAAGACCAAAAUGGAAACACUACCCAAAGCCCUCCAUCAAGGGAUGUCUCUCCCACUAGUCGUGACAACCUAGUUGCCAAACAGCUAGCUCGGAAUACUGUCACCCAAGUCCUUUCAAGAUUUACAAGUCCUCAAGGUGGUGCUACUUUGCGGCCUGGAAUGUCACAUUCAGUGGAAGUUGGCACCUAUCCCCCAGUUGGUAGAACGGGUUUAAAGACUCCCAAUGUAUCAAGAAUUGACAGAGGAAAUCCUCCACCUAUUCCUCCAAAAAAGCCAGGGCUUUCACAAACUCCUUCUCCACCACACCCACAGCUUAAAGUUAUUAUGGAUAGUAGUCGAUCCUCUAAUAUAGGUGUAAAAUUUGACAGCAAAACCAUGAUUUCACCUCCUUCCAGUUCACCACAAGGAAUCAGGGUAAUAAAUGAGGAAAUUAUUUCUAAGUCCUCACCUCAGCUGCCACCAAAACCUACUAUAGAUAUAUCUAUGGCAUCUGCAGGCUGUGCCAUACCAGCCAUGGCCACAUCUCAGGUGGGUGCCUGGCCUUCCCAAUCCCCUGGACUGAACCAACCUGCAUGUUCAGAAAGUUCCUUUGUCAUUCCCACCACCAUUGCCUGUAGCUCCUUCAUAAACCCUAUUAGUGCUUCAUCCUGUAGACCAUGUGAUUCAGACAGCCUACUGGCAACAGCAUCAGGCUGGUCUCCCUCCCUAACCCCUUUGUUAACGAGUGGUGGUCCUGUCCCCCUGGGUGGCAGGCCCACCCUUCUUCACCAAACUGCUGCCCAGGGAAAUGUCACUUUAUUGUCAAUGCUGCUUAAUGAAGAAGGAUUGGACAUUAAUUAUUUCUGUGAAGAUGGUUAUUCUGCCUUGUAUUCUGCUGCUAUGAAUGGACAUACAGAUGCUCUUAGAGUACCUUUAAGGAUUUCAGUCAGUGAAAUAGAACUAGCCUACUGUGGUACAGAGGAUUGUGACACAGAAAACACAAUAUGUUCUUUAAAUAUCCGCAAACAGACAUCAUGGGAUGAUUUUUCAAAAGCAGUGAGUCAGGCGGUGACAAACCAUUUCCAAGCAAUCACCUCUGAUGGAUGGAGGAGUCUAGAAGACCUGACAUUUAAUAAUGCUGCAGAAUCCAACAUUGGCCUCAGUGCAAGCAGUAUAUUAUCCAUCAAAAUAGGAAAUGUUCCAUGGUCAACAGGUCAGAUUUUUCCACAGGCACCGUGGGAUUUUUUGAAGAGGAAUAAAACAGAACACAUAACAGUGUUUUUAUUCGGUCCUCAAGAAGGCUGCUUAAACAGUGUGACUUACGCAUCUAUGAUCCACCUUCAGAUACUGCAGAACUACCUCCGGCUGGUUGAACAAUACCGUAAUGUCAUCUUUCAUGGUCCAGAAGGAAGUUUGCAAGACUACAUAGCACAUCAGAUAGCACUCUGUAUGAAGAAAAAGCAAAUGGCUGCCGGAUUCACCUGUGAAAUUGUUAAAGUUGAAGUGGAUGCUGAUUUCUCCAAGGAGCAGCUUGCAGAAUUAUUCAUCAAUAAUGUUCAGAGGUAAAGUGCCCCCUCCAUGGGAUCCAGUGUGCAAGAUCAUAGACUGGAUUCUUGCCGUUUGGCACCAGCUGAACUCCUGCUUAUCCCGUUUAGGUGCACCUGAAGCACUCAUAGGGCCAAAACAUUUCUUCUCUUGUCCGGUGGAGCCUGGGCAUGGCCAAAUCACAGUGAAGUGGCUGUCCAAAUUAUGGAACACUGUCAUUGCUCCCAGAGUUCAAGAAGCAAUACUCUCCAGAGCCUCUGUGAAGAGACCGUCUGCACUGGGACAAACAGCAGCCAAAAAAAAUCCUAGUCAAGGCCAACAGGCUGUGGUUAAAGCAGCUCUCAGUAUCUUGCUAAACAAAGCUGUUCUGCAUGGCUGUCCUCUUCCACGAACAGAUCUGGAUAGAUAUAUAGCAGACUUUAAAGGAGGAAAUUUCCCCUUAGCCAUGGUUUCAAGCUAUAAAAAUUGUAAUAAGAAAAGAGGAGAGAAUGCUUCCUGGAGAAAGGUGAGCACAAGUCCUCGUAAGAAGUCAGGCCAUUCAUCUUCCCAAUCAUGGAAUAAGCAGGAGGCAAAUACAGAAGGUAUAAAAAGAAAGAAUGUGUUGCAACAAAAUUGCAACAAAAUGGCUUCUCUUAUCAAAAACUCUUCAGAGAAUGAGCAGCUAAAAGUGUUAAAUCUGGAGCAAAGGCUGUCCCUUGGUUCUGAUGAUGAAGUAGAUCUUGUGCAGGAACUUCAAAGUAUGUGUUCCAGCAAAUCAGAGUCUGAUAUAAGCAAGAUUGCUGAUUCUAAGGAUGAGCUGGUUAUGUUCAGAAGCUCUCAAAUUGAUCCAAUAUUUUCAGCAAGCAGUACUAAUCCAAGUAAAUCGGUGUCACAAAAGGAUGGGAUCCGUCCUCUCAGCAGCAAUCGCACUGUGGAAUGCACCAACAGUAAAUCAAAGACUGAGUUGGGUGUUUCAAGAGUUAAAUCUUUUCUUCCUGUUCCCAGAAGUAAAGUCACCCAGCCUUCUCAGUACGCAAAAAGCAGCAGCAGUAAUACAAGGCAAAUAGAGGCAGAUGAUGAUAACUCAAAAGAAAAGAUUUGGAAUUUGCACAAAAAAAUACAAAUAGAAAAAUCUAAUAAAUAGAUCUGCCUAGCAUACAGUUUUCAGUGUUCACGUAAUCUCUGUAUUAAAGAACAAAGAACUCAAAUAUGUAAAUAAUUUUUUAAAAUUAAAAUGGUUUCCUUGUAAUGUAAUGUGUGUACGGGACCACAGUUUAAUUUGUAUGUAAAUAAGAUGUUCAUAAUGAAAAUAUUUUAUUGCUUUAAUCUGGAAAUUAUAUUGAUUUAAACUUAGUAGUGGGAAGUUAUGCCAACCUCAUAAAUGGGUUUUCUAAUAUGGAAAUUACUAUUGCUUAAAUGAUUUUAUUCAGGGGUAUCACCACAGAAAAGUGUGUGUGUGUGUGUGUGUGUAUAUAUAUAUAUAUAUAUAUAUAUAUAUACAGUAUAUAAAUAUAUUCUAUGAAAUUCAUGUGUUGCAUAAAGAUGAGUUGCACAAUAUGUUCAGUACUGGCUUAAAGCUAAUGUACAUGCAUUUUAAAGACUGAACAUGUUUUUAUCUUCACUUAAUGAAAAGUGAAUGGAAUGUGGCAAUAAUUAAAACGAUUGGAAACUUAGAUCAAUUACUUUCAGCUACAAGCCAUAUUAAAUAUUUUGAUUACCCCACAGUCUGCCUGCUGAAAUGUGCUUUUGUUUCUCUCUUGCUUAUUGUAGGCUUCAUGUGUUGGAACUGUUAUGAGUUUGCAUUAUGACUCCUAUCUUUAAAAAAGAAAAGGGAGAGAAAUUAUAAUGCAAUAAAUCAGUUAUUUCACACCACUUCCCACUCUUUGGGAUGGUCGAAAAUUUGCUCCUCUAAUAAUGGAGUUCUUAAUGUAUGAUGUAAAACUUUUCUACUCUUUCAAUAGCAUUUUAAAAAAUGAAUAUAGGAAAUGAUGUUUUACCAAAACAGAUCUUAUUGAAAGAAUUACAGCACAAGUUUAAUUACACGGUUGUUCAGAGAUAAUGUAUCAGCAAUAACAUGAAUUACCAUGUAAUUACCAUUUUUUAUAGUGGAUUUACUAUGUAGUUGCUGUGAAAUAACAUUUGAAUUGCAGUUAACCUGAAAUAUUUUUUAUCUCACUACAGACUUAAAUUACUUUCCCAUUAGAGGAACUGUGUAUAUGUGAAGGAAAUAUUCCAUCUAUCCAUCCACUUUAUGGUGGCCACAAUUUAUACUUGUGAAUAGUAAUAAUGUGGAUACAAUCACUGUCUUGGUACCUUAUCAUCUAGUCAGAAGAGGAGGAUACGUAGCUUCCUUAAGAUCAGACCUCAGUGCCACCUGGUGAAUUAUCAAGAGGUUGCUUUAAGAGAGGUAUGGGCAACAUGCUCAUCCCUGCGCCUUCCAAAAGAGCACUGUUCAAGUUAAUUUUGGAAGGGGCAAGAGUUACAUAAAUGUACUCCUAGCACUUCACCACAAUGAGUAAGGCAGCCAUCCCAAACUCAUGUCAAUAAAACUUUUGUAUUGCUCCA